UAUGCUUUUUGCUUCUCACUUUCUCACUAGACUCCAUAUCCUCUAGUAAUGAAAAAUUGAAAAAAUAAAAGAGUAAAAAAAUUUCCAAGUCAUUGUUAAGUUGGGAGAGUAUUAGUAGUUGGUGACAUUAUGAGCACUUUGUCACUUGGAACCCACAAGUUUUUCCUAUUUGUGAUCUUCUUCAUGUUGGUUUCCAUUGGUUGGAGCCGUAGGGUGAUUCCAAAUAAUGUUAAGUUGAAUAACUUGCAAGAAGAGGUAGCAGCAAUUAGAAAUAAAAAGGAAGAAGCAAAGGAAGAUGUUGUAUUGGAACAGAGUUCAACUGGAUCCUCCAUACCAGAUUGUUCCCAUGCAUGUGGACCAUGUUUUCCUUGCAAGAGGGUUAUGGUUAGUUUCAAGUGCUCAAUUGCAGAGUCCUGCCCUAUAGUUUAUAGAUGCAUUUGUAAAGGGAAAUACUACCAUGUACCUUCAAAUUGA